GUGACCAUACCAUCAACCACGCCCUCUCAGCUGUUGAGAUUCGUUCUCAACCUUCAGUUUCGCUCUCAUUGUUUAUUUACCUAGCAUUAGAAUUAGCAUUUGCACAGUCUCUGUUUGUGUAACAAACGUAGAAGCCUAUUUAUUAUUUCAAAGGAACCACGAUGGAGGACAGCUCACGAAGUUCGAGGGACGAUGACCAAUCAAAAGAGCUCGUGUCGGAGGAGGAACGAGAAGAGGAUGAUGACGAGUUCUUUAUCUUGAGGAAGAGGUUGAAAUUUCAGGACAUAUCAACUGAAUUUGCGGUCUUUGACUGGCAAAAUCACAAGUCGCAGUGGUCCAGGGAUACUACGUUGCUACUGUGGAAGGCUGAUGGAUCAGAUUGCACAUUCCUCGUCGGCAGUGGCAGACACGACAAAAAAGAGGUAAUAAAAUGCCACCGAAUAGUGCUAUCGUAUGCCAGCAACGUUUUUGCCUCCAUGCUGUACGGACCGCUUUCUGGAAACGAAGAGGUCAUAGAGGUGCCAGACAUUGAACGAGACACCUUCAAACUAAUGACUAAUUUCUUUUACACUGAUAAACUAGAGCCAUCCGGAGUAGACUCUGGACUCGCCCUCCUCUACGCUGCUCAAAAGUACCUGCUUACCAACCUGCAGCAGGAAUGUUACCUGUACCUGAUGGACAAUCUCCGGCCAGAUAACAUUCUCAAGUGCUACGAGUUUGCAGACGAAAUCGGCUACAGCAACCUGAAAGACACUUGUUUCAAGGUCGUUUGCGACAGCUGCGAGACAAUUUUGUGCCAUCCCUCGUUCGAGGACAUCAAGUUCUCUACCCUGGCGGCCAUCGCCAAUGAGGACAACCUCAACCUGGACAGCGAGGCUAAUUUAAUUGCGGCGGCGUUCCGCUGGGCCGAGAAGGAGGCGAGCCGCAAGAAGAGGAACAUCGAGCCGCUGCAGCUGCGCAACGUGCUCGGCUCCAUCCUGCCGAAGUUCCGCUUUCUCACCAUGAGUCCGGACGACUUCACCGAGCGCUUCAUUCACGUCAACUACUUCACGCUGGAGGAGAAGAACUCACUUCUAGUCAACAUAAUUAGCAGGGACAAACUGCCCAUGCCGAGGGGCUUCUCGGAGAGCGACAAGACGCGCAAGGCCAAGUUCUUGAAAAAGCCAAAGUUUUGCUUUUUUGACGGCAUCACAAACGCGCCGACGGGCGAGAUGCUCUUCCACAGCUCGGACUGCGACUUGAACAGACUCGAGUGCGUCAUCAAGUUCUCGUGUGACAAAGGCGUGCGUCUGAUCGGCGUCUCCCUGCCUGAGAGAGUGUCUGGCAACGACAAAGUCAUUUACGACUGGGACAACGACGACGAGUUCUACAUGGAGGACGUGGAAAUUGUAAUUCAUGCUGAAAACCACCAUUUGCUGCACCAAGAGGUGUACAAAGAGAAGGUCCAGCGUCCUGGAAUCAACAGAUUCAACUUUAGUCAUCCAAUUGUGAUUGAUGCCGGAAAGGUGUACAAAAUGAGCGUGACUUUCAACGAGAGCGGAUGCUACACCAACUCGGAGCAAAUGUGCGAAGUGUACCAGGGCUAUGACAUUUCCUUAAGGAACACGGCGACCAGCAAGAGGCUGCAGCUCGUCAAGGCAUUGCACUAUUCCUUGUUUUAACCAACCCUCCUGAAUUUAUUCCCAUGUUGCCAUGCCAGUUGAAAAGGGAGUCCCUGAUCAGCUUGUUUUCAUUUAUGGGAAAGUGAUACAAAGUUUGAGCCCCUUGAGGAAGAGAGAAUCUCCAGUUCUUGUGUUUUCUAAAAAAGACUGAAAUCCCAUGAUAAGAUUUGUUUUAUACAGUAAUAAUAAGAUCGUUUUAUAAUGAAUAAAAAAUCAUUGU